AUGGUCUCCGUCUGCGUCUUCCCUCAUGGAGACGAGGCAGAGUACAGAGAGGAAGUCCUGAAGUUGGCAGCAUGGUGUUCAGAAAACAACCUGUCCCUGAACACCAAGAAAACCAAAGAGCUUAUUGUCGACUUCAGGAGACACAGCACCGAGUUGGCCCCCCUCUACAUCAAUGGAGAGUGUGUGGAGAGGGUCCACACCUUCCGGUUCCUUGGUGUCCUCAUUUCUGAUGACAUCUCCUGGGCGGAAAACAUCUCAGCGUUUAUUGGAGAUCAGACCCGCACCUCCCAGAUUUAUUAUGAUGACAGUGAAGUUUGCUAUGUUGUAAACAGUAGUAAUAAUUCCCUGUGUGGCAGUAUUAUUGUUGUCUUUUCUGUGUUUUUGCCCCGCCUGCUGCACCAGGACACACUCGGGUCCUGGCAGAACUGUGUGUCUGCUUGUGAGCGUGCGCUGAAGGAGGGCCGCAGCGUUGCCAUAGACAACACCAACCCAGACCCGGAGUCCCGCAAACGGUAUGUAGGCGUGGCCAAAGCAGCAGGGGUGUCGUGUCGCUGUUUUCACUUCACGGCCACUUUGGAACAAGCCAAACACAACAACCGAUUCCGUGAGAUGGUUCCGUCUGGCAGCAAACAUGCUAAGGUCAACGACAUGGUUUUCCACAGCUACAAGAAACAUUUUGUGGCCCCUGCUCUGUCGGAGGGAUUCUCUGAGAUCCUUCAGAUCCACUUUGUUCCACACUUCAAGGACAACCAAUCUGAGACUCUGUUCAGACAGUUCUCAGAGGGCUGAUGGACUCGCCAACACCUCCGCAAUAUAAUCAACCCUGCAGAGCUCCACUGGUGAACUUAUGAAGUGAUGUUGGCUAGAUUUGUAGCUCAGAAUCGGGCUUAUUUUGACAAGGACGCAAGAAAAUAAAGAGAUGUUUAUCUAAUCAUG